AUGUCCCGCAACAAGCUGCUUGCACUGAAAGAAUGGCUGGAAGAGAAUCUGCGCAAGGGGUUCGUCCGUCCCAGCUCGUCGCCUGUCGCCUCCCCGGUCCUAUUUGUUAAAAAGGCUGAUAAAAGCCUCCAUUUCUGUGUCGACUACCGAGGACUGAACAACAUCUCUGUUAAGGACCGAUAUCCGCUGCCCUUAACCAAGGAAUCUCUGAACAACCUGAAAGGAAUGAAGUACUUCACGAAGAUCAAUAUCGUGUCUGCUUUCAACAACAUCCGUAUGAAGAAAGGACAAGAGUACCUGACCGCGUUCCGUACCCGCUUUGGCCUGUACGAGUCCCUGGUGAUGCCCUUUGGACUGACUGGGGCCCCCGCAACCUUCCAAAGGUUCAUGAACGAUACCUUGCGAGAGUACCUGGAUGUAUUUUGCACUGCCUAUCUGGACGAUAUCCUGAUCUACAGCCGUACCCGAGAAGAGCACCUGAAACACGUCCGUCAGGUAUUAGAGUCCCUGAGACAGGCCGGCCUAUACGCCAAGAUCCAGAAGUGCAAAUUCUUCAAGGAUGAGACCACCUUUUUGGGUGUAAUUGUCGGGAAGAAUGGGCCGAAGAAGAUUGAGACCAUUCAGAACUGGCAAUUCCCAUCCUGCCUGACAGAUGAUUUCUCAAAGAUCAUCGCCCCGAUGGUAGCCCUGACGAGAAAAGGGAUGCAUUUCCACUGGAACCCGGCCUUCCAGACUGCCUUUGACCGUCUGAAGCACACUUUUACCACAGCGCCUGUCCUGGCCCCAUUCGAUUGGAAAAAAGAGAUCAUCAUAGAGACCGACGCGUCUGAUUACGUGUCCGCCGGAGUAUUGUCCCAGUAUGGGGACGAUGGAAUCCUGAGGCCAAUAGCUUUCUUUUCAAAAAAAUACUCGAUGACGAAGUGUAAUUACGAAAUUUAUGACAAGGAACUGCUGGCGAUUAUCCGCUGCUUCGAAGAAUGGAGACCCAAGCUGGAGGGGACAAGUUCCCUGAUUAAGGUUAUUACCGACUAUUGGAACCUAGAGUAUUUCACGACAACGAAGUUACUGAACCGCUGUCAAGCCAGAUGGUCCGAAUUCCUGUCCCGUUUUAACUUCAAGAUUAUCUACCGCCCCGGAAAGCAAGGAGCGAAGCCGGAUGCUCUGACCAGGAGGAAACCGGAAGACCAGCCCGUCGAGUUGCCGCCAACUCCAGCACAGACUCCUGAGGUUCCUGAACCAGUGCCUGCUGCCCCAGAACCCGUACCGGGAUCAGCCCGCCCCGCCAAGCAAGUACGAUUUGCAGACCCGAUCCUGAAGCUGUACCCGAUCACUCGCAGCCAGCUCCGUGGACCUGGAGCUCCAGACCACCGACCACAGCCCGAUUUGGAACCACCAUGGCCUGCACUGCCCGUCGAGAGAACUGCACCGCUGCUACCUCCCCAGAUUCAGGACCUUUUCAACCAAGGAUACGCCACAGACAAAGAACUACAAUUAAUUGUCCGAGCCCUGAAAAAGAAGGAGUCUUGCCACCACAAGAUAUCACUGGCCGAGUGCGAACUGUCCGGAGAACACUUGUAUUACCGCGAAUGCUUGUAUAUCCCUGCGAACGAAAGGCUGCACGCCGAGCUCUUACGCCUGUACCACGCUAGCCCUGUCGCCGGCCACAUGGGUCAAGCCCGUACAUACGAAAUACUGUCCCGAGAAUACUACUGGCCUGGUAUGUUGUCUUAUGUCGAACGAUGGGUACACAACUGCCAUACCUGCAAGAGGACUACCGCCUCGAGAGAAGCCCGUCAAGGAGUCUUGAGACCCCUCCUGAUUCCCCAGAGAGCCUGGCAAGAUAUUUUAAUGGACUUCAUUACGCACCUGUCUAACAGUUACGGCUACGACACGAUCCUGGUAGUUGUUGACCGCCUGACCAAGAUGAAGCACUUCAUCCACUGUAAGGGAACCUGCGAUUCUGAAGAAGUCGCCCGCCUAUAUUUCGUAUCCGAUUUCUGGAAGCACCUGACCAAACGCCUGGGAAUCACCGCACUGCUGUCGACCGCCUACCACCCCGAGACCGAUGGGCAGACCGAGAUCGCCAAUUCCUUCCUGGAACAGUACUUGCGGGGCCACGUAUCAUACCUUCAAGACGACUGGGUAUGCUGGCUACCGUUAGCCGAAUUCGCAAUCAAUAACGCACUGAACGAGAGCCUGAAAACCAUGCCCUUUUUUGCGAAUUAUGGAUAUCACCCCCGUUUCGGAUUCGAACCUGCCCUAUCCGGACACCGUGUUGCCGCUAAGGAUGCCGAGGGGGUCGCCCUGAAAAUGGCCACUGUACACGAGUACCUGAAGUCUGAGAUCUGCAUCGCCCAAGCCCGCCACGAGGAGUAUGCCAACCGGAAACGCCGACCUGCCCGCAGAUUCUACGUUAGUCAGAAGGUCUGGCUAGACGCAAGGAACAUCAAGACUGCCCGCCCCCAAAAGAAGCUGGACUGA